AUGUUCUACCUACCAAAGAACGAUGAUUGUUCGCCUCCCAUCCAUUAUGUCUUGCAAGCUCUUCAGGAUCACCCAGGGGCGUGGGAGCAUUUCUGCAGAGACUGUAAUGUGCACAUGGUGGCUAAACUACACAACGAGAACAAUCCGAUGCAGCCACUGAAUUGCAACAGAAUGGGAGGCUUAGCAACAAGAGAAUGGCCGUGCCUAGUGGGAUUCCGUGCAAGACAGUGGACUGGGCAGAUUCUUGAAACUUGGGUCAAAAAGGUUGCGCAGAAGCUCCAAUCUGUCGCACAUAUCAAAUGCUGCUAUCCUCUUCCUUUGGAGUACGCUGGGGACAUCACGCUGCCAAACAUCCAAGUGCUCAGCUGUUACGUCACCGUUCAGGAUAUUCUGGAAGCUCUUGAACAGCGGAUCUUUCCAGACAUGACAUUGGCAAAUAUC